CUUUCCAUGAAACCCUUUUCAGACUACUAAGAAUUGUAAAAAGAGUAACAUUUAAAAUUAGAAAAACCUUUGUAUCUUUAUUUUGACCUCUCCAUUAAGAAAGCAGUUGAAAAAUCAUUCUUGGGUUUUUGGGAAAAUGUUUACCAUCGAUUGAAUGAAUUAAAGUAUAUUUAAGAAUGUAAUUAUUUGAAUUAAUAAACAUAUGUAUGUAUAUUAUUUUUACCCAUGCACUUACCGUCUCGAUUUAUCACUAAACGAUUCUCGCUUUACUUGAAUUCCACAUAGAUGUGGUGCCCACCCACACCACCGCAAGAUGACAACGAUAUCUACAUCGACUACUCGCUGACAUUUAUGUACGAGAUGACUCCCAUACCAGAUGCGGAACUGCCGCCCGUCUACAUCAAGAAAGACUACAAGCGUUCGCGUGGCGAUGCCGGUUUCCCGCUGGAUGGUAGUCGGCGUCCGUUGAAAAUGCGCCGAGAGGAUAACUAUGUUGCGCCUCGUUCACUCUUCGAUCGUCCAUCGGCGGCGAUAGCACGCAUUCGUCGUGAUCUGAAGAAUCAGCGUUAUCGUGGCGUUUUCAAGCCGAACGUGCAAAUACCCGGAUUGAAACCGCAAACGCCACAAAAGCAGCUGGUGGAGCCAGAAGGCAUGGCUGAGUGGACUAUUUUCGAAGACAUCGUGAUUUUGCACGUCUUGGUCAAUCUACAGGGAUUGCCAUGCAAUUUGAUGGUGCUCUCACCGGGUCAUACACCCAAUUGGGACUUGGUUUCGGAAAUUGUUAAUUUCCAAUCGAAAACCUACCGUUCUCCUAAACAAUGCCGUUGGCGCUAUGAAAUGGUAAUACAGCCACGCGAAGAGGGCAAAUUUGUGGAGAGCCCAAAAAAGCAGAAGAAGAUGAAAGCGAUGCUGAAGUCGGAGUACCUUAAGGGGCCACUGCGUUAUCUACGCACUACGCUCAUGUAUGCGAACGACAACAACACCACCUUCACAAAGCUAAUGCGCUCGCGCUUCGAUUGCAUCAAGGCGGCGUAUCUAAAGAAGGCGCCACCACCGAAGCGUCACUUCAAUACGCCGAGCCUCAUGAAUCCCAAACACAUGGAGGUGCUGCAAGAGUUCGGCAUAGUCAACUACGAUCAACCCAUCUCGCCAUUGAAUAUUGCUGCCAUGAAGGCGAAUAAGAUUCGGGAGAAACAGCGUAGUCAAUGCCCACCGCCACCGCCACCAGUGCCGGCGCAGGUGGUGCCAGUGCAGCAGCAGCAACAGACACAACAGCAGACAGCCGCCACUGUGUCCCAGGUGCAAAUACAGGAAAUGGUGGUGCAGCAGCAACAGCAGCAGAAUGUCUCAACAGGCGCAACAGCGGUGCAACAAGCCAGCGCUUUACACGCGCAACAGCUACAAAUCCAGCAUAUACCCAGCAGUAAUGUGCAGGGUGUUACGCAGCAACAAACUGCAACAGCGAUUGUGCUACAGCACGCUGGUUCUAUGCAGCAGUCAGCCGGCACCACGACCCCCCAAACGCAGCAGCAAAUUUUGCGCGCGGGUAUGGGCAAUACGCAGAUUGUAAAGGCCAUAGUGGCGCCGCAGUCGGGUUUACUCACAGCCGGACAAAUGCAGCAACUGACGCAACAGGCAGCAGCCGCGGGUGCGCAACAUGUACAAUUGCAACAACAAGGUACUGUGGGCACCCCCUCCUCCGUCUCGGUGGUGCUGACCACUCCGGUGCAAACGUUACCAUCCAAUGUGCAAUCGGCGCAACAACACGCGCAAUCAUCCACCGCGCAAAUCGUUUCAAUUUCACCCCAGACUAUAGUGUCCACCGGGUCGCAGAGCGGUGGCAGCAUCGUGCAGACUAUACCUUCGCAGUCACUGCCGCAAGUCGUGUCCGUAUCGCAGCUUGCCACUGUGGGCACUGUGCUGACCACGUCGGCGAAUUUGCAGCCCAGCGCCACUGUGACGACAUUGAAUACAUCGGCGCUACGUGCACAACGCAUUGUAGCAGCAACCGCGGGCACACUACAGGAUGUCGUACUCCAGCAGCGCAGCGGCAACCCCAGUCCUACUAUUGUUUCCAUGUCCAAUUUGGGACAGAGCGUGGCGGCCGCACAAUUCCAAGCGGCACAGCUUCGAUUGGCAUCAAUGCCAGGCACUUCGCAGCAGGUCACAAAGGUGCCGGUGAGUACCUUGCAACAGAGCGCCAAGAUUGCAGGCAACGUCGGCGGCAAUCAGCCUGCGCACAUACAACUCUAUCGCCAGCGUCAGCAACUGAAGGUGCUGCAAGCCACGCCAACCCAGGGCGGCAGCCAAACACUCGUACAAACGGCCAGUGGGCAAACAGCGCUGGUGAAUGCCGCUGGCACCAUUAUACAAGGCAGUCUAGUGCAGACCGCUGGUGGACAAGCCACAAUGCAGGUGCAAGGUCAAAAGGUAGCUGUAGCCACUGUAUCGUCAGCCAAUAUGACAGCGGCGGCGUCAAGUGGCGGCGUUGCAACCUCCGUGGCCACAGUGCAGGUGGCGCAUCAAGGCCGCACGCAAUUCAUUAAGCAAGUUGGUGGCAAACAAACUAUAGCGCGUCAAGUGGGCGACGACAUGGUGCUAGUUAAGCGACAGGUGAUUGGCGCGCACCAAAAAGCGCAGGUGCUACAGCAAGGCCAGAUAUUCAAUACGACGGCCACUUCGGCGCAAGGCACUGUACAGCUGCAGCAGCAGCAGGCACAAAGCGCUGUCGGAGGCGGUCAGCAACAAUUACAGUCACAACAGCAGCAAGUGCAACAGGUGACUGCGCAGCAAAUAGCCACACUUGUGAAGACGUCCUCCGGCGCAGGUGUUGUGCAGCAGACCAGCGGUGGGGGUGGCGGCAGUGUAACUGUCUCAACUGGUGGUGGCCAACAAAGCACUGUGAAUAUGGCGCUUACGCACAUCAAGCCCGGCGGUCAGAUAAAGGUGACCACCUCCAUGGCAAAUCAGGCGCAGAUGCGACAGUUGCACAUGCAGCCGUUGAAUAUGCCGCGCAAAAUCAAUCGUAUGACGCAGAUAGCGACGGCCGCGCAGGCUGGCCAGCCGGUUACCACCUCGGUGGGACAGUCACCUUCCGGCGCGACGGUAGUGCAACAGCCUAAAGGUGCCGGCAGCAUGCAGACGCAAUUGGUUCACAUACAGAACACGAAAUCGCUGCCCAGUUCAGUGACUGUGCAGCAAAUACAACAGGUGAUGCGACAGGGGCAGCAGGGAUCGUUGGCAGCCACGGGGCUGGUCCUGAGCAAGACUAGUGUUGGACGCGUUAUACCCGUUUCGGUGGCAUCGCAGUCUAAUCAGCGGCAAACCAUACAGGUGAGGAGAAAUGUGAGAAAU